CGCACGCAAUGGACUCUGGAGAUUGGCCUUGGCAACAUUUGCCAUGAUUUGGAUGUGAUUUGGCAUGACCCAGUGCAUCGCAAUUCGCAGUGGCGCUGAAUCAACGAUCAAGGAUCAGGGUGUACUGCCCUAGACUUGUAGGGCACCUCAUGAACCUCUCAUGAAAGUUUCUGCUGUUCCUUGUAUGUAGAAAGCUGAAAUGCGGAGGCAAAAUGCGGUGCGCAUGGGGGAGGAGUUUCCAUCCACGUAAUGCUGUGCGUAUGUUAGUGACGGGAGAUGCCGCUUAGUCAUAUGCCCAGUCAGUCUAGGUCAAACGUUGUCUAACUUGCUGCAUCUUAAGGAGGACACCGCUGCUGCAAAGUGCUGGAAUCGCAAAAGACCUGUCCGAUCCAUGCAAGCCGGGAUGAGUGUGUAAGUGACAACGAAGGUCCUAGUUUACUCGUAGGCUUCAGCUUCACUUGUCACCGAGAUCGACUUGCGGGCGCAAAUAUGGACUCAAACCUUUUGCAAGAGGUUUGCAACUGCAGCUGCAGCUCCGAGCGACACCCGGGGAUACAUGACCCGGAGUUCUGGAUGUACGUUGGGAUUAUUAUCUUUCUGUUCGUCUUUGCCGGACUGAUGAGUGGACUUACACUUGGCCUUAUGUCACUGGGCCUCGUCGAUCUAGAGGUGCUUCGCAGGAGUGGCACCGAGAAAGAGAAACAGCAGGCUGAUAUCAUUCUUCCGGUGGUGAAACGACAACACUUAUUAUUGGUAACUCUGUUACUCUGCAAUGCGGCCGCGAUGGAAGCACUGCCCAUCUUCUUGGAUAGACUUGUGAAUCCUAUCGCGGCAGUCAUUCUGUCAGUGACUCUGGUCUUGCUGUUUGGAGAGAUCAUUCCUCAGGCUGUCUGUUCACGAUAUGGAUUGGCUGUUGGCGCCAGCCUGGCUGGCCUUGUCAAAGUCCUCAUGUUUCUUUGCUAUGGAAUCUCAUACCCGAUUAGCAAGAUCCUGGACUGGGUGCUUGGCGAAUCUGAGGAGGCCUUGUUUCGCCGGUCCCAGUUGAAGGCCUUGGUCUCAAUCCAUGAGCAGUCAGCGGGCCAAGGUGGCGAGCUAACUCACGACGAAGCGGCCAUCAUUAGCGGGGCGCUGGACCUCACAGAAAAAACUGCGAAAGAGGCGAUGACACCCAUUGACUCAACGUUCUCCAUGAGCGUCUUCACCCGGCUGGACUGGCAAGUCAUGGGCGAGGUGCUCAGGCGGGGCCACAGCAGAGUCCCUGUCUACGUGGACACGCCGAGCAACCCGAUUGGCAUUCUGCUGGUGAAAAGCCUCAUCACGGUACGCCCAGAGGACGAAGUCACGGUCAGCUCUCUGGCCAUUCGCCCGCUGCCACGUGUCCCAGCAAACCUGCCUCUGUACGACAUCCUGAACGAGUUCCAGAAGGGCGGGAGCCACAUGGCCGCCGUUGUGCGGGCAGAAGAAGAGCCAGACGAAGAAGAGCCGGAGGAUGCCAUCGCCGAAGACGACGAGAAGGAGAAGGGCAACGGCGGGUCCUGGUUCGGGGGUCGCAUGCUGGAUAUGAUGAAGGGCGCGUGGUCCAGCGGACCAGAAGCAGAAGAGGCCGCUCCUGAGAAGGGCCAAGCCGACUUGGAGAAGGGCCUCUUGGCCGACCUCACCAUCUCCGAAAUCAAGGAAACCGGGGAGAUCAUCGUGGAAGGGAACACCCUGCCGGUGCCUGGGGCGAUCUCGAAGGAUAUCUACUUAUCGCUCAACACUCAGACUGGAGAGGUAGACGCGAUCCCGGACCCCACAGUUCAGACGCAGGCUGAGCCGGUAGAAGAUCGCCAAGUUCCAGAACUUCAGACUGCCCCCGCACCGCGCGCGCCUGUUGGCAACUUCCGGGAGGUGUCCAUCCGUGGCGGCGUCGUCCCAUCGUCCGAGCAGGGUCUUCCCGACGCGGCCGCAGGAAAGGGCAAGGGCCCCCUGCCAGUGGUUCCCGAAAUUCCCGGACCUCGCCAGAAACCCCCUGCCAGCCCGGGAGGCAAACCCCGCGAGAAAGGGGCGGCCGUGCCUGAAGGGGGCUCCGGGCCUAUUGGUCGGGUGAACAGCUUCAAGGCUCGGGUGGCGGUCGUUCCUGACAAGGUUGCAGACAAGAUCACUAAGGGCGACCUUCGAAGCCCUGGCUCCGCACCCCCCGCAAAAAAAUCGGAGACUUCCGACAUCACGUACGGUCCGUACACCCCGAACGCCCCUAUUGAGGAGACCGGUCAGCCGGGCAGCAGCACGAUAGUCUCUGCUGGCGAGGCCGGGAACGGGCCGCUGCCUCCAGAGGGCGAGACGGCUGUCGUGCUGAGUACAGCGGGGAAGGACGGAGGCAGUGACCCGGCUUCGCCCGUGAGCAGGUGGUGGGGCAAGAAGAGUGCGUCGCGGCCGACGCGCGAGGACCGCGUGAUUGGGGUGAUCACGCUGGAGGACGUGAUUGAGGAGCUGCUGCAGGAGGAGAUUGUGGACGAGACGGAUGAGUACAUCGACGUGCACAGGAGGAUCCGAGUCGCCAACGUCGGCACUGCCGGCCGCCGCAUCAUUCAACCACCCACCGGCCGAGGAAGAACGCAGGGUGGCCCCGGUCGCCGGAGGUCCAACAUGGCCGACUUCGUGGAUCGCGCUGGCCGGAGUCUCGACCGCGAAAACGACCGGAGGUUCCGCUCUCGCUCUACAUCCAAGGAGUCAACUGUCCGUCACUGGCACACCCGCAGCGCCAAAGACGGCGAGGCAGCCCAGCGCCAGCAGGGAGGCGAUGAGGCGUACAGCGGUCAGGAGAAUAACUCACUGCGGCCCAGAGGCGCCAAGGGGGAGCUGAGCGAACCGCUGCUGUCAAGCAGUCUCAGCAGCAUGUGAAAGGGCCUCACGUUGACAGAGCGUCGCAGUGCAAGUCUGACAGUUUAAAGGAGGUGGUAGAGGAGACUCCUGUCCGGAAGAAGCAGUUUUGGGUGUGUCAAGGUCAUACAAGGUCAUACAAGCCAAGCAGUACUUAUGUUAGUUGCGCAAGAAGGUAACUUCUGAUAGAAGACAGGGAUUGGGUGGCUCCAAGUAGACGCAGAGCUUUUCGAAUCCGCAAGCAAUUGCAUCAAUUUUCCGAGGGGGUUGCAGGUGAGAUUAGGGGCUGCCUUUUCUGAGUCAGGAGCUAUGCUCGAGACGAGUAAAGCAGUUAUGGCACUGUCGUUUCCUUGUGAGUUACGGGGGAUGUGUACCCAAUUUCAUAAUCCUAUACUUCCUUCACAAU